AGUGCAUCAAUUAUUGCAUGCCUCAGUCUUCUCUUCCCUUCUUCAUCUUUCUCCUCUUUCUUUUCCUCCUUUUGAACCCUGGACAUGCUUCUGAAGGUCAUCUCUUCGCUUCUUUUGUUCCUGUUGUUCUUUGAUCGCCUUCGAUUGAGUGUCUCCGACUUCUCCUCACCGGAAUGUCCAUAUCCGUGCCUUCCGCCGCCCACGUCGGUCAUCAACUACCCUCCACCACCGCCAUCAGAGCCUCAGUGGGGUUACCCUCCACCGCCGGGGACUCCGUCUGAUGGAUACUACACGCCGCCAUCAGGUUACCCGCCGUACUACUCUCCGCCGUAUUACACCCUUCCUGCACCUCCGCCGCCAGAUCCGAUCCUCCCGUACUUCCCUUUCUACUACAAGAGGCCGCCGCCGCCGCCCCGGUCCUCCGCCGCUUCAGCUAUAGCUCGCCGUGGUGCAAUCUGUGUGCCUUUGUUCACAGUGUUACUUCCAUUUCUUAUCUGGUAGCGGACAUAUAUACCUCGUAUGUGUUCCUCAUUUCCCCGCCAUAUACUGAUUACAUUUCAUCUUGCUUCCAACAUAUGGACAAACAACGUUUGAUAGAUCUUGUGUUCAAGCAAAUUAGCUAGGGAUGUACUUAAAUCACGUUUAUUCAAUGCUCAGACGCGAUUUGAUUGUGCAUUCACAGUUUAAUUUCUGGCUAGUUUGGAUGCCUGAGAUAAAUACCUGAAUUGU